CAAGUUUACUGCUGUGUAUUAAUUUUCAGUGUGUAGCUGACUGCUGCGUCUGUGUGUGUACCUCGAGCUAUAGAAACAACACACAGACGUUAGUGAUCGUUCAGCCUUUAUAUAUUACCGAUGAUAUACGCAGUACCUAAGUAGCUCAUUUGAAAAAUUCACACUCCUUUUGCGAACUUUUGUCAGCUAACUCAGGCUUUCAAGAGCAACACGGAUUUUCUUCGUUGCCUUGUCAUUGAUUCUGGGUUGCAAGUGCCAAUAACUUAUAAAAGUUCUCCUAUUUCGUCAUCUCUCUUGACAAGGAAUUAAAUCUUGUUAAGUGAAACAUCAUGGAGACCAAAAAACCCAAUAGAGCAAGAUUGAAGCUUAACAUGAGAAGACCUCCAGAACCUGUGGAAACUGCGCCUCCAAGAAAACUUGAUAAAAAAGCAAUAAUUGAAGUAGGUGAUAAGAAGUUUGAAGUGCAUGCAGAUGAUUUAGAUAUAAUAUGUAACUUGGGAAGUGGAGCGUAUGGUAUUGUUGACAAAAUGAAACACAAAUUAAGCGGAACCACUAUGGCAGUAAAACGAAUCCCUGUAAGUUACAAUCAACUCGAAGAAAAACGUUUAUUGAUGGAUCUGGAUAUAACAAUGAGAAGCUCUGCCUGUCCGUAUACUGUUCAAUUUUAUGGUGCACUUUUUAGAGAGGGUGAUGUCUGGAUUUGCAUGGAAGUAAUGGACACAAGUAUGGAUAAGCUUUAUGAUAAAGUAUACAACAAUGGUCUCAACAUACCAGAAGAUGUUCUAGGAAAAAUAGCUUUUUCUGUUAUUAGCGCUUUGCAUUAUUUGCAUUCAGAAUUAAAAGUAAUUCACAGAGAUGUUAAGCCCAGUAAUAUUUUAAUCAAUCGCCAAGGACAGGUGAAGAUUUGUGAUUUUGGAAUUUCAGGAUAUCUUAUAAAUUCUAUAGCUCAAACUAUUGACGCUGGCUGCAAACCAUAUAUGGCACCGGAAAGAAUAGAUCCCACUGGAGAUCCCUCACAUUAUGACAUAAGAUCAGAUGUCUGGUCUUUAGGAAUAACACUUUUUGAACUAGCUACUGGUAGAUUUCCUUAUGACAAUUGGGUCACAGUAUUUGAUCAGUUAAAACAAGUAGUAAAAGAUGAUCCUCCAAAACUGCCAGAAUGCUGUUUUACCCCAGCUUUUGAAGAAUUUAUCAAUAAAUGUUUGACCAAGGACUACAACAUGCGACCAAACUAUGUCCAACUUUUGGAACUAGAAUUUUUAAAAAAAUACGCAACAAAAUCAGUUAAUGUUGCAGCUUUUGUACAAGAAAUUUUGUCAUUGAAAGAUCUGUAGGUUAUUUGAAAAUGAAUUUUAAAAUUAUUAGGUCCUGCUAAGGAAUAAUCAAUUAAAUAUGUAAAUUUUUAUACCAUUAUUGUAAUUCUUUUAGAGCAUUUACUGCCUGAUAAUUUGUCUCAUGCUAACUCACACAUACACAUGCAUGAAAUAAUAUUUUAACGAUUUCUACAUUAGAAAUUAAUUAUAAAAAUUUCAAUACUGUAUAAAGCAAAUAUAAAAUGUCUAAUAAUUGAUAUAUUCAUGUGCCUUGCAUGAGUUGUGCGAUGGUAACAUAGUUUAAACGAUAAAAUGAUAAUAAAAAUGCAAUAUUUUUCAAUAA